AUGCCGUGCCGGCGGGAGGAGGAAGAGGAAGCCGGCGAGGAAGCGGAGGCGGAGGAGGAGGAGGAGGAGCGGGGCGGCUUCCUCCUGCUGGAGCGGCCGGUGACGCGGGGCGGCUCGGGCGAGGUGGACCGCCUGGUGGCCCAGAUCGGCGAGACGCUGCAGCUGGACGCGGGGCCGGACCGCCCGGCUUCCCCGUGCGCGCCCCCCGCGCCGCCGCCGCCGCUGCAGCCCCCGCGGCCCCCGGCGGACAAGGCCCGGCUCCCGGACCGGCCGCUGCCGCUGCCGCCGCCGCCGCCCGCGCCGGCCGCGGCGCUGAGCCCGGCGCCGCCGGGGGCCCUGCGCUGCGCCCUCGGGGAGCGCGGCCGCGUGCGGGGCCGGGCUGCGCCCUACUUCGUGGCCGAGCUCGCCGCCGGCCCCAGCGCGCUGCCCGGACCGUGCCGGCGGGGGUGGCUGCGGGGCGCCGUCGCCUCCCGCCGCCUGCAGCAGCAGCGCCGGUGGCCCCCGCCCGGGGCGCGCGCCCGCGACGACGACCCGCACCGGCUCCUGCAGCAGCUGGUGCUCUCCGGGAACCUCAUCAAGGAGGCCGUGCGGAGGCUGCAACGAGCUGUCGCCGCGGUUGCAGCCGCGGGCCCGGUGGGGCCGGACCACGUCGCCCGGCAGCCCUCGGGCGCCUGGCACUGA